AUGGCCGAGCACCUGAGCUCUAUUCGGCUCGACCUCGAUACUACCAAGAUUCACACGUGGCGGUCAAUCAUCACCCUGGUCGUUUUUGUCAUCACUAACAUCAUCGUUCUCCUCCCCUUCCAUAUUCCGAUCUAUAUUCCUAGGUUGUUGAGGGAUGCCAUCCUGGACGCCCUGGGGGCCUUGCGGGUGAUAGGCCCGAGGCGGAAUCGCCCCUCUCACGUCUCCAGUUCCAUUAGCGUCUACAGCGAGGGCCAGGAUGAUCGGGGCAGGCAUUUUGUCCGAUUUCGUUUCCCUAUGAAUUUUGUGACGGCACCCCUAAUAGCUGACCUCUUCCUGUUGGCGAUACUGGCGAUCGGCCGGGAGGAGGUGUACGGGGGCACGAUCGGCGCCAACAACAUCUCCCCUAUCGACAUUAUGGCAUUUUUCAUUACGCUAGCAUAUAUUGCCAUAUCGAUCGAUGCCUCUGGUCUCAUUAGGUAUCUAGCAUUUAAGGUCCUUCAGAAAGCAGGAAAGGUUGGCCAUCGGCUGUUCUUCUAUCUGUACGCCUUCUUCUUUGCCCUAGGCAUCUUCAUCGGCAACGACCCAAUCAUACUCUCCGGUACGGCCUUCCUCGCGUACAUGACUCGGGUAUCCAGCAAUAUCAUCCAUCCGAGGGCAUGGAUCUUCACCCAGUUCGCUAUAGCGAACGUUGCCUCGGCCGUCCUCGUAUCCUCCAAUCCCACAAACCUAGUACUCGCCGGCGCCUUCAACAUCAAGUUCAUCGACUAUACGGCCCAUAUGAUCGUCCCUGUGGUCAUCACCGCCAUCGUCCUUUUCCCCUUUCUGCUCUAUAUCGUUUUCGCGGACGAGUCUCUCAUCCCGCUCUGCAUUAAGAUGCAUGAACUGUCGGAGGAAGCCAAGGCGAGGAAGCCUGUGAACCCCAAUAUUCCUCACGCCAGAGGAAACGCCGAGGAGGAUAAGGACAACCCGACAAACGGCGAGCAAGAGAAGCUUCUGUCCCUAGAAGAGAUCAUGAAUCCCUUUUUGGAUAAAGGAGGCGCUGCCUUCGGGGGUGUCAUUAUGGCUGCAACUCUUAUCACGCUCCUCGCACUCAACGCAUCUACUCCUAGCACCGGCGAGCAUCCCGUAUUCUAUGUCACCCUACCGGCCGCGUUUGUCAUGUUUUGCUGGGAUAUUGGGUUUGGAUGGCACCACCGCCGCGAAACCAGACAGAUCGCCCGCGACGGUCGGCGAGAAUUCGAACGAGCGCGGGCCGAACGACUAGCCCAGGAGGAAGCUAUGGAGAGAGCCAUUCUGAACCGAAGCGGAGAGCAGGCGCACAUUUCGCCCGUUCCUCCUCGACCUACUGCCACUUUAGAAACGAGUACGCAUUGCCAGAAUGCUGUUCUGGAGGGCAUUCACUAUACUACUGAUCCACCCAGCGGCGAUAUAAAGGCUAAAAAUAGCCUACCGACGGAUAAGACCGUCGAACCACUACCGCAGGACGACCGAUCACGGGGAGCACGCCCUCCGGCAGAUGAUGCAGCGAUUAUCAAUGAAAAACAGAUACCCACUACCCCGAACCCGCAAUACCCAUCAGAGAAACUUUCAGGCUUAACGUUGAUAAAAAACGCGGGAGAGACGAGUUUAGCGUCAUCUGAGCCCGAGGCGGAAGCGAAACUGGAGCCCUCCUGUAGUGUCGCAGCGGGCCCAGAACGCCGGGGGACGACACUCGUGUCGUUAGUAGCUGAUGCAUACAGGUGGUCGCAGGAGACGUUCCCCACAGCGACAGCGGUGCUAAGUCACCUACCAUAUGCACUUGUUCCGUUCGCCUUCUCUAUGUUUAUCCUCGUGCAAGCCCUAGUCACUAAGGGCUGGGUCCCGGUGUUCGCCUACGGCUGGGAUCACUGGGUGAACAAGACGGGGACGGUUGGUAGCGUUGGAGGCAUGGCAUUCCUCUCGGUGAUCCUCUGCAAUUUUGCGGGGACUAAUAUCGGUACGACUAUCCUCCUCUCCCGCGUAAUACAAGCGUGGCAGCAGAUUCACGAAGAGAAUGGAACUCGGAUCUCAGACAGAACCUUCUGGGCAACGGUAUAUAGCAUGGCCCUCGGCGUCAACUAUGGUGCGUUUAGCACAGCAUUCAGCGCAUCCCUGGCCGGUCUCUUGUGGCGUGAUAUCCUCGCUAGGAAGCACAUCCACGUCCGGGGUCUCGAUUUCGCUCGCGUGAACCUUCCCAUCAUCACCAUAUCGAUGGUCGUCGGAUGCGCCGUCCUCAUCGGCGAAGUAUACAUAGUGAAGAGCGAUGUAUCAAACGGCCCAUGA